ACGGACUGCAGCUUUAAUGUGGACUCUCUUGAACCGCUCUAUAUAUAAUGAAACAUGAUUUCUUUUAGGGUUAAUCUGUAGUAAAUAUAGCUUUAUUUAAAAGCAAUACAAGUCUAUGGUAUUUCCUCUUUUAAAUACCUAAAUUUGUUCAGUCAUCAAAACUGUCCAAGUGGAUUAUUAGCCAUGCCACAAUAAACCCCGUAUUAUGACUGAGUAUGUUGCCAAAAAAACAUUUACAUUAAAAUGAACAAAACAAAGGCACACAAAACACCUUGAUAAUAUACUGACGGACAAGAAUAGGCCAGCCACAAUUCGCUUUUGUGUAAUUGGCCAUAAGUGUGCUAUUUAAAAAAAUAAAAAAAAGACAAAAAAAAAAUAAAAAAUUCAUUUCAAACUCUAAAUGUAGUCAUUUAUCAACAAAGAAAUACUUUUUUCUUGGUGCUUUUACCUAAUUCUCGGUCUAAGCAAACAAUAAGACAUCAGUAGUUAUAAAUAUCAUUCAUUGAGGAUCAAUUAAAACACCCUCCCCCUCCCGCGCUCUCCAGCAGGUGGUCCUGCCUAUAGGGCCGUUUGCGUCACGUGUGAGAGUCUCGCGCACCAGCUUCCACUCAUUUGGCACCAUUCGUACCGUACGCGUUUCCAAGUGGAAUUGUUGUGUGGAAGCGGAAAGCAAAUCAUUGCUAAAGAGAAAAAACAGCCGUAUACGUGUGCGCGUGCAUAUGGAAUACCUUUCUUCGCGCUUCUGAUUCCAACAAGUAUUUUUUUCCGUCUAGCAUGACGCGUAAGUGAUGGUGCACAUUUUGGUUUCGUGACCUGUCAGCUGGAUCAGGUUGUGUUGGAUGGAUGUGGCACGAAUUGGAUGUUACACAUUUUCUAUUGUUUGAAAUGCACUCAACGGGAAUGACAUUUCUAUGACAAGUUUCCAUUUUUUGCAAUUUUCUGAGCAAUGGAGUGAGGCGAGGGCGCACGAGGAGCUUGUCAAAAGGGACUUUUAUAUUUUUAUUUCACUUCACAUAGACUGAUGGGGACUCUAAGUGGUAACAGAUGUAUGUACUGUAAUGUGCACACUCCAUCUUCUAUUUAAUGCCAGUUUGGAUUUUACCUGUUGGAUUUCUGCAUGUCUAGAAUGGCUCGCUUUGGAGACGAUCUGCCCACCCGCUAUGGAGGUCCAGCGGGCGCCGGGAGAGGGGGAGCCCGGGCGGGAGGUCCCUCGGGCGGUCAAAGAAUGUACAAACAGUCGAUGGCUCAGAGAGCCAGGACAAUGGCUUUAUAUAAUCCUAAACAAACCAAACAGAACUGUCUCACUGUCAACCGCUCUUUGUUCAUCUUCAGUGAAGACAAUGUCAUCAGGAAAUACGCCAAAAGAAUAACCGAAUGGCCUCCAUUUGAGUACCUGAUCCUCACAACCAUCAUCGCCAACUGCAUCGUACUGGCCCUCGAACAGCAUCUCCCAGCCAUGGACAAGACCCCCAUGUCUGAACGCUUGGACGACACAGAGCCCUACUUUAUCGGAAUAUUCUGCUUUGAGGCCGGCAUUAAGAUCAUCGCCCUGGGCUUUGUGUUUCACAAAGGCUCUUACCUACGCAACGGCUGGAACGUAAUGGACUUUGUGGUCGUUCUGACAGGGAUUUUAACCACAGUGGGCUCACAGUUUGACUUAAGAACGUUGCGGGCUGUCAGAGUGCUGAGACCCCUCAAACUGGUGUCAGGAAUCCCAAGUCUUCAAGUUGUAUUAAAGUCCAUAAUGAAGGCCAUGGUUCCCCUUCUUCAGAUUGGACUGCUGCUCUUCUUUGCCAUCGUUAUGUUUGCCAUCAUCGGUGUAGAGUUCUACAUGGGCAAGUUCCACCUCACCUGCUUUAAUAUAGAAACAGGAGAAAAGGUUGGUGAUUACCCAUGUGGUAUGGAGAAAUCCGCAAGACAGUGUCCCAAUGGAACAACGUGUAAGGAGUACUGGAAAGGACCCAAUUUCGGCAUCACAAAUUUCGAUAACAUCCUCUUCGCCAUCCUCACAGUCUUCCAAUGCAUCACUAUGGAAGGAUGGACUGAUGUACUAUAUCAUGCCAAUGAUGCCUCUGGGAACACCUGGAACUGGCUGUACUUCAUCCCUCUCAUCAUCAUUGGCUCCUUUUUUAUGCUUAACCUCGUCCUGGGUGUCUUAUCAGGGGAAUUUGCCAAAGAAAGAGAGCGAGUGGAAAAGAGGCAGGAGUUCUUGAAGCUCCGCAGACAGCAGCAGAUUGAGAGAGAGCUCACUGGAUACCUGGAGUGGAUCUGCAAGGCAGAGGAGGUGUUGCUGGCAGAGGAAGACCAGAAUGCUGAGGAGAAAUCACCUCUGGAUGGUGCGUGGUACAGGAGGAAACAAAACAACUCAGUCCUGAAAAGAACAAAGACUAGAAAGGGUAGAAACGACCUCAUCAGUGCUGAAGAAGGAGAGGAACAUUUCACAGACAUCUCCUCUGUCGCACCACCUGGAUCACCUUUCGCCCGAGCUAGCCUGAAGAGCAGUAAGAACGAUAGUUCCUCAUACUUCCGUCGAAAGGAAAAGAGGAUACGCUUUUUCAUCCGGCGGAUGGUGAAGGCACAAAGUUUCUACUGGAUCGUUCUCUGCUUGGUGGGAUUGAACACGAUGUGUGUGGCUAUCGUCCAUUAUGACCAGCCUGAGGGGCUCACCAAGGCCCUGUACCUGGCAGAGUUUGUAUUCCUGGGUCUGUUUCUGACAGAGAUGACUCUGAAGAUGUACGGCCUGGGGCCCAGAAACUACUUUCACUCCUCGUUCAACUGUUUUGACUUUGGGGUAAUUGUGGGGAGUAUAUUUGAGGUGGUGUGGGCAGCAAUCCAGCCUGGUGCCUCUUUUGGGAUCAGUGUUCUGAGAGCCCUGCGCCUGCUCCGUAUCUUUAAAGUAACCAAGUAUUGGAACUCUUUGCGGAAUCUGGUGGUUUCACUGUUAAACUCCAUGAAGUCCAUCAUCAGCUUGCUCUUCCUCCUCUUCCUCUUCAUCGUGGUGUUUGCUCUGCUAGGCAUGCAGCUUUUCGGGGGCCAGUUUAAUUUUGAAGACGAAACACCCACUACAAAUUUUGACAGCUUCCCUGCAGCCAUAAUGACAGUAUUCCAGAUUUUGACAGGAGAGGAUUGGAAUGCAGUGAUGUAUCAUGGCAUUGAGUCCCAGGGUGGCGUCCGGGGUGGAAUGUUCUCCUCGGUCUACUUCAUUGUUCUUACACUUUUUGGAAACUACACACUUCUCAAUGUAUUCUUGGCCAUUGCUGUGGAUAACCUCGCCAAUGCACAGGAGCUGACAAAGGAUGAAGAGGAACAAGAGGAGGCAGCGAAGAAGAGCAUGGCUCUUCAGAAGGCCAUGGAGGUGAAGGAGGUCAGCCCCAUGUCUGCUGCCAACAUCUCAAUAGCAGCUUUUGUAAAGCAAAAUCGAGAUGCAAUCUCUCGCAGGUCUUCAGUCUGCAGCGUUCACUCACCUAAAGAGCAGCAGAGGUCACUGCAGAAGAUGUCCAUAUGGGAGCAGCGCACCAACCAGCUGCGCAGACACAAUCUGCGCAACAGCAGCGAGGCCCUUUACAACGAACUAGAGCCCGAAGAGCGUCUGCGCGUGUCUUCUGCACUGCAUCUGCGGCCCGACAUGAAGGCCCACCACGAUCGGCCACUGGUGGUGGAACAUCGAGACGGCACUGUGGACAGUUCCAAGACUGAUGGAGAUGGAGACACUCGAGAGUGUCAACCGUCCUCUGCAAACCCAAGGAAGCACCAUCGUUGUCGAGGAGAGAACGGAGAUGCAGGGGAGGGGCGGCACCAUAGACACCACAGCCGAAACAGAGAGCACCAGGGCGGCCUGGAGCGCAGCUGCAGUCAGGAUGGGGGACAAAGGAACCACCAAAUGGCUGGCUCUCCUGAGGAGGGCAUAGGGAUAGAGGAAAGAGAACACAGACACCACCAUUCUCGCCGAUCCAGAGAGCUCAACGGGAAUGGCAACGGCACGAUCGGUAAUGGAGGCAGGGGUGAGAGUAGGAUACGAGGUCACAGAGAGGGCGAAGGAGGGAAUGGAGAGAGGAAGAGACACCGGCCCCGCGUUAAAGCCCAGUCCACACUGGAUGGAGAAGAAUGCAGGGAGAAUGGAAAACGCAGGGGCAGACCGACAGAAACAGACAGCCUAGCCACCAGCCCUCUCCAGUCUCCUACUGAUGAGAAGCCAGAAGUCACGGAUAAUCUAAAAAACAGCACCAGAGCAGGCCCAACCGGAGUCAACAUCCCCGUCACCAUAACUGCCCCGCCAGGAGAGACCAUAAUCAUUCCCAUGAACAACAUUGAUGGUGACAGUCUACUGCUGAACGAGGAAAAGAAGGAUCUUGAUGAGCUAAAUCAGAAUGCGCCCAAACACAUUCUGCCAUACAGCUCCAUGUUUGUGUUUGGCCCAACUAACCCAGUGAGACGGCUGUGUCAUUAUGUGGUGAACCUGCGGUAUUUUGAGAUGUGUAUCCUCACAGUCAUCACCAUGAGCAGCAUCGCUCUCGCUGCUGAAGACCCUGUGCAGGCCCAUGCCCCCCGCAAUGACGUGCUGAAAUACCUAGAUUACGUCUUCACUGGUGUGUUUACAUUUGAGAUGGUUAUAAAGAUGAUCGAUCUUGGGCUGCUGUUGCAUCCUGGGUCUUACUUCAGGGACCUGUGGAACAUACUGGACUUCAUCGUAGUCAGCGGCGCUCUGGUGGCCUUCGCCUGCUCAGGAACUAAAGGCAAGGACAUCAACACCAUCAAGUCCCUAAGGGUCCUUCGAGUCCUGAGGCCCUUGAAGACCAUCAAACGUUUGCCUAAACUCAAGGCUGUGUUUGACUGCGUAGUGAACUCUCUGAAGAAUGUGCUCAACAUCCUCAUCGUUUACAUCCUCUUCAUGUUCAUCUUCGCCGUCAUUGCUGUGCAGCUUUUCAAGGGGAAGUUUUUUCACUGCACCGAUGAGUCCAAAGCCCUGGAGAAGGACUGCAGGGGUCAGUUCCUGGAGUACGGCAGUGAUGGAGUGGCCAUGACGCAGCCUCGCGAGUGGAAGAAGUAUGAUUUCCAUUAUGACAACGUCCUGUGGGCCUUUCUUACCCUGUUCACUGUCUCUACAGGAGAGGGCUGGCCAACAGUGCUGAAACAUUCUGUAGAUGCCACAUAUGAAGACCAGGGUCCCAGUCCAGGUUACCGCAUGGAAACCUCUAUCUUCUAUGUGGUCUACUUCAUCGUCUUCCCCUUCUUCUUUGUCAACAUCUUUGUGGCUUUGAUCAUCAUCACAUUCCAGGAGCAGGGAGAUAAAGCCAUGUCAGAGUGCAGCUUGGAGAAGAACGAGCGAGCUUGUAUUGACUUUGCCAUCAACGCCAAACCUCUGACCCGCUACAUGCCGCAGGACAAGCAGUCUUACCAAUACAAGAUGUGGAAGUUUGUGGUGUCCACUCCAUUUGAGUACUCCAUCCUGAGCAUGAUUGCCGUCAACACAGUAGUCCUCAUGAUGAAGUUCCAUGAUGCUCCUAAACCGUAUGAGGACAUGUUGAAGUGGCUGAACAUCAUCUUCACGGCUCUCUUUACACUGGAGUGCAUUCUCAAGGUCAUCGCCUUUGGCCCUCUGAACUACCUGAAGGAGGCAUGGAACAUUUUUGACUUUGUUACUGUGCUGGGGAGCAUCACAGACAUUCUGGUUACUGAGAUCAAGGAUAAGAAGAUUAAUCUGAGUUUCCUGAGACUCUUCCGGGCUGCUCGUCUCAUUAAACUCCUCCGACAGGGCUACACCAUUCGCAUCCUGCUCUGGACCUUCGUUCAGUCGUUUAAGGCUCUGCCGUAUGUGUGUCUCCUCAUUGCAAUGCUCUUCUUCAUUUACGCCAUCAUCGGGAUGCAGGUGUUUGGUAACAUAAAGUUGAAUGAAGAGUCAGCCAUCAAUCAUCACAAUAACUUCCAAACCUUUUUUCAGGCCCUCAUGUUGUUGUUCAGAAGUGCUACAGGGGAAGGUUGGCAUGAGAUCAUGCUGGCUUGUCUGAGCGAAAGGCCAUGUGACGACGAAUCUGGCUACAGUGGAAAAGAGUGCGGCAGUGAUUUCGCUUACUUCUACUUUGUCUCUUUCAUCUUUCUUUGCUCCUUCCUGAUGCUGAAUCUGUUUGUUGCUGUCAUCAUGGAUAACUUUGAGUACCUGACACGUGACGCUUCUAUUCUCGGGCCUCAUCACCUCGACGAGUUCAUCCGGGUCUGGGCCGAGUACGACCCUGCCGCCUGUGGACGCAUGUCCUACCUCGAUAUGUACGAGAUGCUUCGCCACAUGUCCCCUCCGCUAGGUUUGGGAAAGAAAUGUCCUCCACGAAUCGCCUACAAGCGGUUGGUGAGGAUGAACAUGCCCAUAGCUGAAGACAACACUGUUCACUUUACCUCCACUUUAAUGGCUCUCAUCCGGACCGCCCUGGAGAUUAAACUGGCAUCAGGAGUUCUGGCCCAGCGCCUUUGUGAUGCUCAGUUAAGGAAGGAAAUAAAUAAAAUUUGGCCUAGCUUGUCUUCAAAAACAGUGGAUUUGCUGGUGACACCUCAUAAACAUAAUGAAUUGACUGUAGGGAAGGUCUAUGCUGCUCUGAUGAUUUUCGACUACUAUAAGCAGAACCGAGCCAAGAGACUCCAACAGCAGCAGGCUGCACCAGGCACACAGAGUAAAGUCGGAGUUCUCUUCAGACCAAUGCUUCCUCUCACACACUUGCAUGAUCAGGAGCCAAUGCUGCCAAAAGCCCUACCUGCUUCUCAAUUAGAGACCACACCACAGCCAGAGGCCCCGCCCACCUCCUUUCACCUGACCAAUGGGGAUGCAGUACAAAGCCAGAGCAGUGGCAUGAAAAAGUAUCCCUCAGGAGGUAUACCUCAGGAAGCCGCACAGGAACCGAACAGAAGGCCUGUCCAACGUGGCCAAUCAGAAGACGUGCCAAACACAUACAGAUCUCAGGAAUUAGUUGAGAUGAGUGACAUGGAGAAUGACUCGGAUGUGGGUGGGUAUCCUGUGCUGGAGGGUCACGGCAGAGCUGCCUCCAUGCCAAGACUCAACGCUGGCUUUCAGCGGAGCCACUUACGCCACACCGCCGGAACGUAUCUAGCACCUAUCGCAGAUGUGAGUCCCAUGCGGCGGUCUACAUCCUCAUUGACUCCUCAGAGAGGGGUGCGAGAGGUCAGUCUGAGCGAAUAUGACCUGGAAAGGCCCCAGAUGGCCUCAGGUCAGACCCUCGCUCAGGAGAGAGAGAGGGAGCGAGCCCAUCAUCAUCAUCACCAUCAUCAUCACCGCUGCCAGCGGCGCAGAGACAAGAAGCACAAAUCACUGGAUCGAGCCAUCAGCGAGGAGCAGCCACCGCCCACAGCAGAUCCAAACACUGAGUCAUUGCCUAGGGAACGAGCGCGGGAGCGUGAUCGUGGCCGCUCACACGAGAGGAAGCACCAUUCAUCCUCAGCGGCGGAAAGACAGCAGCGAUACUACUCGUGCGACCGCUACGGCAGCCAUGAACAGGGCCACAGCGUGUCCGCUGGGCCCAGCCGGGCCACAUCACCAGGAGAACCACAUGACCCAAACAGGCUUAAACAGGGAAUUAACACUGCUAAAGGAAGUUCAGUCGCUCAUACCUCAGGCACCAGCACACCCUGCCGUGGGCGUAGACAGCUCCCUCAGACGCCCCUUACUCCUCGGCCGGCUGUUGCCUACAAGACUGCCAACUCCUCUCCGGUCCAGCUCAACACUGCCCAGUCUACAGGGCCCUGCCCCACUCGCCUUAGUCGUGGCCUGUCAGAGCACGAUGCCCUACUUAGCGGUAACGCCCACCGCCAAUCUCCCGUGCCUGUCACUCGUAUCAGCUCUGACCCCAACUUAGGUCCCCUCCAGCAAGACUCGCACUUGUCUGAAGCAGAUGACUUCCACGAUGCCUUGAGCACGUACGGUGCGAGCCGUUCCCCCAGGACUGCACCCUCCGUCACCUACACAACAUCAGGUGCAACCCCCACUUCCACGCUGCUCUCGCGCAGCCAGAGCGGAGUCCCCAAUGGCUAUCACUACUCCCUCGGAGUGAACUCGGCACCUGGUUCGAGCGGCCGAGCAUCUGGAAGCUACCAGGAGACUGAGAGAGAUGACUGGUGUUAGCAUGAUUCAAUCUAGCAUGCAUUUUAUCGUCUUUGCCCUGAGUGGAGGAGCUAUUUUUUGGGGGAAACAAGAGUUAUGUCCACAGUUUACACUGUUUUCUGCCCGUUUACCAUCAGGUUGAGCACAUAAGGUUUUAUAAAGGUGUUCUUCUCUUGUUUAGAAAGAAGCAGACAACCUUGUCACUGUUUGCGAAAGUAGCGGCAAGAUGGAAAGCGUUUGGAGGUCUUGAUGGGUUUCAAACAGUCUAGCCUCAAGUGACACCCCCCACCGCUUUUAAUUUAAUUAGGGCUGAUUCCACAAGGGUCACAUGCAGGGAGAUGGUCACAUCAGCUGUGCCUGUGAUCAAGACCUCAGACCUCAGAGAGGAAGAUGCCCAAAAAUACAAGCUAUGAUGGAAACACUCUUGAUCAGUUGUGUGGAAAAAGUGAGAUGUUUAGUUGUUGUGGUUGGAGAGGUUGUUUAGACUCUUUGCACAGGACGCAAUGACUGAAAAGUUGUUUCUAGGGAUUUUGGCUCUGUGUCCACUAAAAUGUUUUUUUCUGAGGCUUUGUUCAGUUGUUUGCAAUGGAACCUCCAUAUAUUUUUUAAAAAAGCCAGCCGAAUGAUGAGGCACAGAACGUUUAUUCCACGCUGAGCGUUGCACGCUUGACGUUGAUGUUCAACUUAACUUGGAUAAAAUGCAGCGCUCAUCACUUAUCGCAGUGGAGGAGAGACAGGACAAAUACCACACCAACUGUCGUCACAUUCUGCUUGUACAACGACUGAAUAACAAUGGUUUGAAUAUCUAUUUCCUUAACAGAUGACAUCCCUGGACUACCACAAUAUUAAUGAAAAAUAAUGCUUGGAGAACCAUUUUGUUUGCAGUGAGUCUACCAGGUUAGCAGCUAAACACUGCGCCUCCAAAGCGUUCUCAAGCACCCACAACUGGGCAUUUUCAGAAGAGCGCCUGGCUAAAAACUCUUUGGUGGACACACAGCCUUAAGGUUUGUGCUGCUGUAAUUCUACAUCCUUCACUAGCGUGAGUGGAAUAGACGGUUUGCUCCCACUUACUGAAAAAAAGGCCAAAUUGAACUCACUUUUCUAUCAGACUGCAGUAGAUUGAAUAUCUUUUCACAGUGUUCCAUUUUGUACCUUGUAAAUGAUCCGAGUGUAGCUGGACAUUACAUAAGGUCUAAUCCUUUUCUUACUCUUGAGUGGUAAGAUACCAAGUGCCUAAAUUUUGAGAUUUUAUUGCCACAUUGGUGCGCAAUUCAUUACGAAGCAUUUUGGCCUGAAAGAGGCAGCGAAUAGAAGCUAUAUGGUGUAGGUUAAAUGUCACUGAUAUUUGUUUCUUAAAUGUACUUGAGCAUGUAUUUGAGGAAAGAUAUUGCACAAAACAAAGACUGUAGCGUUAUAAAGAUAGUUUAGGUGGAUGUUGAUGAUGUUGGUCUUUUCAGAGUGUAUUAAUGAAAAGAUUCAGGGGAAAAUAGAUGAUAUAUUAAAAAUGCUAAUGCAGUUGGUUUAUAGAGGACUGAAAGGAUGUUAGAAGGUUGUAUUUGUUGGUUGCUGUUGGUGUCAGUGUUGUUUCCAGAGGGUGUAUUGUGAGCUCAUGAAUUUCUCUUCCAGUAUUUAAUUAAAGGAGGAGGAAGGUGAGGGAAUUGAAGUGCUUUAUUGACUUCCACUUGUAUCUAUUAUUCACCAAGCAAAAUUGCUUCAGUGCGACCUGUUUGAAAUAAAGACUAUGUUGUAUUCUGAUGUUUUUGAUGAUAGUUAAUAAAUUAAGGUUAAUUUAUUCUGAGAAGGUGAAUUUCACUCUGAUCCUGCCCAUAUUUUCAGUUCGUCAUCUCCAACCGUGUCUUUUCUAUGUCAGGGGUUUAUUAGAUGGUGUUGUUUUUAGGGCGACCCUGCGAUAGAGCGCAACAGUUGCUGCAGUUGCUUUGGUUCUGGAAAAUUUUUACUAUUCAUUGUCUCCAUAGGAAUUUCAAGGAAAAAAAGUAUUUGAAGUUGGGGAAUAAUGUAAAAUAGAAUGAGGGAAUGAAUCCCACGAAGCUAUAACUUUUGACUUUGACAGUAUAGACCUUAUGUAGCCCCGCCCCUUUUUCAGCGCCGCACUCGUGUUCUGUCUUCCGGUUUGUAUUUUCACAGCAGGAAGGUGAGAUGUUACGGAUUUAUGAAUGAACAUUUGUUAUGACAUCCGCUUCAAACAUUACAAUGCUCACUAUAACUUUCGUUAACUUUACAAUAAGUAAAUCCACUUCACCAGCUAAUUACUCUUUGACAGCGAUGCCAUAGAAAUAUACAGAGCUACUACAAAAACGGAAACAAAAUUCUAAAGAUGGCUGCACGCUUGUUUAUCUGGUGCAUAAGGUGUAUAAAGUUAAUGGAAAACAAUAUAAAUUGAAGCAUUUUUAUAUAGAUUUUUUUUAAAACGGGUAUAAAGCCACUGGAAAAAAAAAUUAUAUUUUACUGCUGAUAUGAAAAAUUGGGUAGUCAAGCAAAAGGCUAAUCACAUUAAUUACCGUUAUGUAGAGCUGCACGAUUAAUCGUAAAAAUAUCGCGAUCUCGAUUCAAGCACCCACGCGAUCCUACUUUAUUAAUGACAACGAUUCUCCCGCGUCUAUUAAACCUUUGACAAAAUCAUACCGGAACUUUCAAAUCUGUGUUCGUGCUGCCAGAGAGAGCUGUUUUGAAUCACACAUUAGUUAUUUCUGUGUUACAAAUAUUCACAUUAUCACAGAAGUACUGAGAUAUAAGUUGUAUGUUAGUAUUUAAACACCGAUGUCUACGAUAGCGAUCAAAAUAGAGCAAACUACCUUUUGAAACGAAAUUGGCACUUCAAAUAACGGUUGUAUCAAUUACAUCUAAUUCCACUAGGUGGCGACAACUGACUGUUUAAAAAUGUAUUUGUCAUUGAAUCGUUCAUUCAAAAGAUUCAUUCAAAAACACUGAUUCAUCCAGCAAUGAAACAUUCAUCCAGAAAUGAAAAAGUAUUUAUUAAUGAGUCAUUGAAUUCAUUCAAAACCAUUUUUUAAACAAUUCAUUCAAAAAUUUUCCAGCAAUUAGAGUCAGCAAUUUAUAUUUUUUCAGAACCUCUAGUAAAUUAGCCUUCAUGUUAUUUUGUUUGGUUGUAUAUUCAGAAUCGUGGGAGAAUCGUGAUCUCUAUUUGAAACCAAAAAAUCCUGAUUCUCAUUUUAUCCAGAAUCGUGCAGCUCUACUGUUAUGUGUCCAACGUUGUAAAAAGCGAUACCAUUGUGCAGCGUUUACCUCAGUAAGUUGACCGAGUGGAUCUCUGAGCUUGUGCGAGUGAGUGGAGGCGGGGCUAAUUAGCAUAUUCAUAGAUCCGCGUAUACUAAAUCAAGCAAGGAUGUAGAGUUACAUUGAUGAAAAAAAUUUUUCACAGGAAAAAACAUUUAAAUAUGUCAUUUUGGUGAUCAAAGAUGAGUUUUAAGGGGUAAAAUGAUUGACUACAGGGGGACUUUAAGAAUCUCAACAUUCAUAAUAAUAUGGAAAUUUGAAAGGUUAAUACAAUAUCGGGUUCUCUAUGGAAAAAAUGAAUAGAAUCUUUACCUGUGGAACCUGACUGUUGUGCUCUAUUCCAUAAGCACAGGGAAAUGUUGACUGUUGAAGUACAGUAGGGCUAUGCAACAAAAUGACACUUUAGGACUGCUUCUCAUCCUGUAGCUUUACCUGCACUCAACACACUCUAGCUUUAGCACCAGUGGGACCAAUUCACUGCUUCACAGAGAUCUUGAUAUACAGGAUGUGUCGCUCACCUAAAAAUGCAUUGCUGAUUAUGCUUGAUACUGAACAGCCCUCUGAAAGAAUAUAAAACAAUAUAGUGGUAUUUGUACUGAUUGCACUUGGAGGUGAACCAAUGUUGUUUUACGCAACCUGUCACUAAAAGGAUAGUUAAUGUAAAGACAUUUUAUUUCUUUAUUUUUUUACAGUAUGUGAUGUCCUAGUGAACUGCCUUUGGCCACUAUUUCCUUGUUUUGGGACGGAGAUGAGUGUUGUGAUCUACCCGAUACCCAGUAGAUAUUUGAUUUCCCUUAAUUUAGACAUCACCUUUCCUCUUAAAAAAAAAAAAAGAAAAAAAAGAAAAAGAAAAAAAAGGAAAAAUAUAUAUACCAGGUGCCAAAUUUAUUACAGCACUAGUUUGUCUGUGUGUGCUGUAUAGGCUACUUUGUCCAACUAACCUGUGGCUAAUCUCUUUGGAUGAUGUCAUGUUUGCAUGUUAUGAUGACAUAUGUGCAUGUAGGAAAUUGUAAACAUUCAUUCAUGUUUUUCUAUGAGGAGUUAAUUGGCUGUUGAUUUUUUUUUUUUUUUUUUUUUUAAGAAACAAUCUUUGAUACACUUACCCCUGGAUUUCUGGGAGAAAAUUAGAAGACCAUGCACUUCUCAGUUUGUUGUAAAAGAGUUGUUGAACAGUGGAGCGAUGCACAGAGACGACUGCCUCACUCCUGUGAUCUGAUGAUUGAUCUAUGAUGCCAUAUAUUUUUGCUCAUUGACUCUUAUCAGUCUUAUCAUUUCUACCAUUUACAUUUUGUAUGAAAAAACAUCACUGAAUUGAAAGAUAUAUGGAAAUAAAUCUUGGGGGGGAAAAUG